AUGGACAUUGACAUUCUCGAGACGCCUCUACUCUCCGCCCCGCACUGGACCGAAGACGAGGUCGCUUUCGUAUCUGCACUGCUCUCGGACGCUCCAGACGUUUUCAGCGACGAGCAGAGCUCCCCAAGUAAGCUUUCUCCCGAGGAGCGAGCGGCGGCACGACGUGCGAGCCAUCGGGAGACCAUGAGACGGUCCCGACAGAGGUUCAGGGACCAAAUUGCAGCUAUGAUGCGCACAGUGCAAGAGUUGGAAAGUAUCAAGGCCCAAGCUCUCGAGCAGCAGCAGCAACAACGCUCCGACACAGGACUGCAGGACCAAGUGGCGCUCUUGAAGAAGCAGAGGCAGCAGCUUCUGGACGAGAACGACGCUCUCCAUGCUCAACUUGUGGACUCUCUGCUGGCCAUCACGAGAGCGCACCCACAGAACUUUGAACAUGAACAAGUGCAGCGACGAGUAACGGGAGACGUUGCUGGAGAGAAGGAUACGGGAGCAGACUUUUACGUGAUGAACACUGGCAGUGGAGCUGUGGUGAAGAGAGACCCCGUGACGCUGUGUGACUUUGUCACGUGGGACGUUGGCACUAUCGGCCACUGUUUGCAGCUCGUGCGAGAUGCAACAAGUGAAAUUGCCAAGUUCUACUCGGCAAUUUCCCGCGUAAAGCAGGACGAGCCGAGCGGUGAUAUGAUGGGCUGGAGACAGUCGCGAAGGGCACUGGUCAAAGAGGACACGUGCGUGGAGUUCGCAUUCGACAAAACGUUCGCUGGCUACUCGCCCGGCCAAUUGUUUCACAAAACGUGGGCUCUCUUUCGCAACCAGCGACAGUUCGCCAUGCUGCUUGAGCCUGUGCUCCACGCUCUGCAGCUAGAAGUGCUGCACGAAAUCAACGACGACAUUGUCGUGGUGCGUCGCAUGCAACAGGAGUCGAGUCCCGAGGGCGAGAAGCAGACGCCGACCAAAUAUCGCAGCAUCUAUCUGCUGUAUCGCAUGACGUCGCCUGCGGGAUUGUUCGUGGUGCUACAGUCGGUGAACCCGUCGUUCACACGGCGCUGUGGCUGUGCCAAUAACCUCUGGUUCGAGUCGUUCAUGUGGAUGGGCUUUUCAGCUGCUAGCUCGGGUAAGGCUGGCUGCCGCGUGCGUUUUGGUGGCAUGCUCGAUGGCCACUCGCAGGAAUUCGCACGUCGCUGGCAGCGAGAGGUUUUCUUCAUGUUGAUGCGCUGGGAAAGCCACAGUGUCGCUCCAGUUGUGCUGCUACCCCAAUCGUAG